CAGUUCAGAAGCUUAGAGAGAAAAUGGCUGUAUUUGAGUCACUUCUGCAGUUUCUCAGCACAGGUACAGUUCUGGGUGCCUUGCUGUUGAUUCUGGUUUUGUAUUUGCUUUCCUCUGGAUCCAGAUCUCAGAAAGAUGGGAAAGAGCCACCUGGACCCAAACCACUGCCGCUGCUGGGGAACCUGCUGACCCUUGACCUCAAGAGACCCUUUGACACCUUUUGUGAGCUGUCCAAAACCUAUGGAAAUGUAUUCCAAGUGUUUUUGGGUCCCAGAAAAACUGUGAUCUUAGUUGGGUACAAAACUGUCAAAGAAGCUCUUGUGAACUAUGCAGAAGAGUUUGGCGACAGAAAAAUUGGACCUGGUUUCAGGAUAAUGAAUGACGAACAUGGAAUCCUCUUUUCCAAUGGAGAGAACUGGAAAGAGAUGCGACGCUUUGCUCUCAGCAACCUGCGGGACUUCGGGAUGGGCAAGAGAGGAAGUGAAGACAAAAUCAUAGAGGAAAUUCAGUAUCUGAAAGGAGAGUUUGAUAAGUUUGAAGGGAAAGCCUUCGACACAACACAGCCUGUGAACUACGCUGUGUCAAACAUCAUCUCAUCUAUUGUGUACGGCAGCAGAUUCGAAUACACAGACCCUCGAUUCACAGAAAUGGUCGACAGGGCAAAUGAAAAUGUUCGGGUCGGUGGAUCGAUUUCUAUGUGGAUUUAUGAUAUAUUUCCGUGGUUGGGCCCAUUCCUGAAAAACAAAAGGAUUAUUGUACAAAAUAUUGUCCAAAGUCGAGUGGAGAUGACGAGGUUGAUCAAAGGGCUGCUGGAGACUCUGAAUCCACAGGACCGCAGAGGGUUUGUCGACUCCUUUCUCAUCCGCAAACAGAGUGAAGAGAAAUCUGGCAAGAAGGACACAUACUUUCAUGAUGAGAAUCUAAUGAUGACUGUGACAAAUCUGUUUGUUGCUGGUACUGACACGACAGGAACGACUCUGCGCUGGGGUUUGAUGCUCAUGGCCAAAUACCCUCAGAUACAGGAUCGAGUUCAAGAGGAGAUUGACCGAGUGAUCGGUGGACGUCAGCCAGUGGUGGAAGACAGAAAGAAAUUACCGUAUACAGAUGCUGUGAUUCAUGAAACUCAGAGACUGGCUAAUAUAGUACCCUUGAGUCUGCCGCAUAUAACCAGCUGCGACGUUCACUUCAAUGGAUACUUCAUCAAAAAGGGUACCACUGUAGUUCCUCUCCUGACGUCUGUUCUGAAGGAUCCAAAUGAAUGGGAGAAACCAAAUAGCUUUUACCCAGAACACUUCCUAGACGAGAAGGGCCAGUUUGUCAAGAGAGAUGCUUUCAUUCCCUUUUCUGCAGGCCGAAGGGUUUGUUUGGGAGAGAGUUUGGCCAGGAUGGAGCUCUUCCUGUUCUUCACUUCCCUCCUUCAGAGCUACCGCUUCACAACUCCACCUGGAGUGUCUGGAGAUGAUCUGGAUCUCAAAGGAAUAGUGGGAAUCACAUUGAAUCCGUCCCCACACAAGCUGUGUGCGAUCAGACGCUCCUGAUCCAAGAAAAUAUCAUCAGUUAUUAGAACAAAACACAUAAAUUUUACCCCAUUUCAGUAUAAAUUGGAUGAUUUCUGCAAUUAUUUUACUCAUUCUUCUGACUAAAUGUAUAUAUAUGUAAAUAAUUAGCAAUGUGUCAAACCACUUCUUUUUGUAUUAUAAACUUUUCAGACAAGUAAAAAUCUUUAAUAGGAAUGAAACAUUUCUAGAUUAUAAAUCAAUAAGGAAUAUUGUUAUUGAUUGUUUGGAGAAAUAAAAAGCAUUUUUUAUGUCAUAA